CUGGAAAAUGUGUUCACGAAGUUAUAAUAUUAACCUUACUUUCAUGUUUUAAGUUAAACAGAUGUUAUAUUAAACUUAGUCUUGUCAACAUUUUGGAAAUUGUUUUUGUGUUCAUUGAGAUAUUGUUUAAAAUGUUACUUUUACCAAAGAGCUCAUUUACGCUGAUCACUGUAUAUGUACAUUACAUGUCGACACACACUAUAUAUAAACUAAGUUCCAUCUUCAUUUAUUUAUGGUAUCUACAUAUACUUGAAAACAGUUAAGGAGGUGAAGAGAUUUUUGUUGUUGUUUGUUUCUUACUAAGCUAAGCUAAACUACAGCACUAGAGCAUGAUGGGCCAUCAACACCUGGGCAGGGGCUGCAGGAUUCAGCCUGAUUGGUUGUUUUAUCUGGGGGCUGUUGGGUGCUGAGGGCUGAUUGGUUGUUUGACCUGAGGUCUCUUUAAAGGAGCCUGUCUGCUGUGAAAGGUUACAGUUGUUUUUCAGUAUCAUCUGGAGAUCAUCUAUUGUUUGUGACCAGUCACUGCUUGUUUUGGAUAUUCAGCAUUUGAAAUGGCUUCCGAAGGAUCUUUCCACAGCAGGAUCUACUUCCUCUGCCCUCACUGCAAGAAGGCUCCACGCUCUCUUCCUGGGCACCUCAGGACGGCGUGCAUGCGCGACCGCGCAGAGGCAGAGGUACGGGCCACUGUGAUUGAAGCCAAGAAAGAGAUGUCUGAAUUUACCCACAGGGGACGUUUCUGGGAGUACCAGCGUAUUCAAGACAUUUUGGAAACUGCUGAUCCUCUUGCUAGGUUGUUAGACGAGAUGCAAAAGAAGGGCUUAGUGGUAACAAACAAACCUCUAGUCCUCCCUAACCCCACACUGCCUGUGCCCUCUUUACCUUCAUCUGCUCCUCAAAGCCCUGGAGAAGGUGCGAACGAGCCACAUGUUGUGACGAACGUGACCGUUCAGGAAUGGGAGGGGAAAACCCACAUACCGAACGGAGCUUCAGUUGCAGUGAAGGAGGAUAAAACAGAAGUACUGCUGACUGAUGACCAAGAACAUGGUUUUGGUCUGUACUCCAACAAGGUACGGCCGGCGACGUUUCAAGGAAAUGAUGCGAAAGCAGAGGACAAAUUUUUUGUGUUGAGUAGUGGGAGGCCGAUAUAUAACCCCUGCAAUGAUUCGAACAGACUCAAUGCCAAACACAACCUUCCCAGUGUGACCACGAGAAGCAGAGAGAAAAGGAUGAAUGAACAGACGGCGUUUGACUUGCUGGUUCAGUCUUACCCAGUGACUCUUGACGGGUCUCCUCCGAAAAGGGCACGCAGACACGAACACGAGAGGCACUGCUACAACCGCUGGUGCAGCGAGCAGCUCAAGCUGCGUGAACAGCGUGUCCUUGGUGAGGAUCCAAAUACACCUUCUGUUACAGUCAUAUAUGUAAUGUCAGGGCGGCACAAAUAGUGAAAUCUCUUAGACCAUGUGACCACAAUGGCUAAUGCUUCUUGUGAUUCUUCUUUAUAGAACAUUUCGGUCGGCGUCAGUCGUCUGAGUCAUGAGUGGAGGCCUGGAUUAAGAGACAAGGGUGGACGUCGAACAUCCCUCAGGCUUCCCCAAUACUCCAGCAGUGGAAGCCCUACGGGGGCCAACAUCCAUCCAAGGCUGUUCGUCCACAAUGACAGAGAUGUCAUUCUCUUCAUUGCUUCCAGGGACAUUCCAGUUAACGCAGAGCUCCUCUUUGAUUACGGCCUGAAGAGAAAGUCUUUUGCCGGUGAAGGAGUAAAUUUAAGCUUUACAUGUUAACGUAGGCUACACAAAGAAGUGUGAGCGGGCUAUUUUCCAAGCCACAUUACUUUUUGUGCCUACUUUUUUUUGAGCCACAAAACACCACCUCUCUUGCUCUCUAAGUUGCCCUGAAUGACUCCUGCGGCUUUGUCUCUUUUUUUUUUUUUUUUUUUUUAGUAGGCUACACAAAGAUGAAUGAGCGAGCCAUUUUCCAAGCCAUUCAUUUUUGCCUACUUUUUUCUUUUCAGCCACAAAAAAAUAUACACCAAUAUACAUAUAUUGUUUUUUCUUUCAAUAUUCAUACUGGUACUGCAACAGGUAAUGACACAAAACCUUUAUACACACUCUCACAAACAGAUUCAAAUAUACAUUCAGCAACCUCUCCUUAUUUCUUACAGUGAGAAGGAUCGCCACAUGUCUGCUGAGACAGAAAGCCCUGCUGCCCAUCAUCCGUUUGUCCUCGAGAGAGAGACGGCUGACUUCUCCAGCCAAGAUGAGUUCAACCAACCAUUUCAUUAAAAGAAUUAGUUCACUUUCAAAUUAAAAUUUCGUGAUAAUUUACUGUGAUUCUCUGCUGUCUGCCCUGAUCUUCGCCUGUAUCCUGAACACUGUCUGCUGCCUGCCUCGACCAUUGCCUGUUCCUGUUUACGUCUCUGCCUUUGCACUUGCCCUGUUGAUACUGAUCUUAAUAAAACCUGCAAAUAGAUUCCUCCUCUGUUGACCCUUCAUUACAAAGGGUCUUAUCUAGAGAAACGAUCGGUCAUUUUC